AUGGUAACUUUCUGCAUUUGGUGCUGUGACCCAACUCAUCUCCCCAUCCCUGCAGAGAAACCUGAGACCAUGAGGAGCAGCCUGACCCUGGUGGGAACCCUCUGGGCUUUCCUGUCUCUUGUUACUGCUGUGGCCAGUUCUACCAGUUACUUCCUGCCUUACUGGCUCUUUGGAUCCCAGCUGGGGAAGCCAGUGUCAUUCAGCACAUUCCGGAGGUGCAACUACCCUGUGCGGGGAGAGGGACACAGUCUGAUCAUGGUGGAAGAGUGUGGGCGCUAUGCCAGCUUCAGUGCCAUCCCAAGCCUGGCCUGGCAAAUGUGCACAGUGGUGACAGGUGCCGGCUGUGCUCUGCUGCUCCUGGUGGCACUGGCUGCUGUCCUGGGUUGCUGCAUGGAGGAGCUCAUCUCCAGAAUGAUGGGACGUUGCAUGGGAGCAGCGCAGUUCGUGGGAGGACUCCUGAUAAGCUCAGGCUGUGCCUUAUACCCCUUAGGAUGGAAUAGCCCGGAGAUAAUGCAAACAUGUGGGAAUGUCUCCAAUCAAUUUCAGUUAGGUACCUGUCGGCUUGGUUGGGCCUAUUACUGUGCUGGAGGUGGGGCAGCUGCAGCCAUGUUGAUCUGCACUUGGCUCUCUUGUUUUGCUGGAAGAAACCCCAAGCCUGUCAUGUUGGUGGAGAGCAUCAUGAGGAACACCAAUUCUUACACCAUGGAGCUAGACCACUGCCUCAAACCUUGA